UUGUUGACGUCACAACACACAAAAUUCACCACUUCAUGGAUAUUGCACUACAGCAGUGGUUGUGGCAGAAACAGACGCUGGCAAAAUGACUUUUGUGCCCAAGUAGUGCUUUUUUGUGGAAGCAGAGUGGCGCGGAGGCAUUGGUGUAGAGCUUGUAGGAGCAGGCCGUAGGAAUCUAGGACUGUAGGCGUAGUGACUGACCGCAGCCGACAAGAGACCAAAAAGAGCGUCGACAGAUAACUUAAGUGUUGGCAAUUCGGCACUGAAAGGAGUCCAUCGCAUGCGGGUCUGCGAGUGACACUUGGUUGGUCGACCUGUGCUAGUUGCUCCGUUACCCAGCAUGGCCUCUUGCUUAUGACAACAGCCGCCGCGACCCGACCGAUCUCUCGUGCCCGACCUGACUUAGUGCAGCCCUAGACCACCCCUGACUGAGCUAAGCGGGCCUCCCCGACUGCAUGCCGUUCCUCGGUCCCAGGCCAGGCGCCAAGAUGUCGUCCAGACACACCUCCAUGUUCUACACCGUGGAGGUUGGAGACACCAAGUUCACGAUCCUCAAGAGGUACCAGAGCCUCAAGCCCAUCGGCUCAGGCGCACAGGGCAUAGUUUGUGCUGCGUACGACACAAUCAAGCAACAGAACGUAGCCAUCAAGAAACUCAGCAGACCAUUCCAAAACGUGACACAUGCCAAGAGAGCAUAUCGAGAAUUCAAGCUUAUGAAGCUGGUGAAUCAUAAAAAUAUUAUCGGACUCCUGAACGCGUUCACACCCCAACGCUCCUUAGAGGAAUUCCAGGACGUCUACCUUGUGAUGGAGCUCAUGGACGCGAAUCUGUGUCAAGUCAUACAGAUGGACUUGGACCAUGAGCGCAUGUCCUAUCUCCUCUACCAGAUGCUCUGUGGCAUUAAGCAUCUCCACUCAGCAGGAAUCAUUCACAGGGACCUGAAGCCAAGCAACAUUGUGGUCAAGUCGGAUUGCACCCUGAAAAUCCUUGACUUUGGCCUUGCGCGCACUGCAGGUACAACCUUUAUGAUGACGCCAUAUGUGGUGACCAGGUAUUACCGGGCGCCGGAGGUCAUCCUUGGCAUGGGGUACAAGGAAAACGUGGACAUCUGGUCAGUAGGAUGCAUCAUGGGCGAAAUGAUCCGCGGAGGCGUCCUCUUCCCGGGUACUGAUCAUAUAGAUCAGUGGAAUAAAAUUAUCGAACAACUAGGCACUCCUUCCCAAGGAUUCAUGCAAAGACUUCAGCCGACUGUUAGGAAUUAUGUCGAGAAUAGGCCUCGUUAUCCGGGCUACUCCUUUGACCGCCUCUUUCCUGAUGUUUUGUUCCCAACGGACUCAUCAGAACACAAUAAGUUGAAAGCGAGUCAAGCUCGAGAUCUGUUAUCAAGGAUGUUAGUGAUCGACCCAGAAAAGAGGAUAUCGGUUGACGAAGCUCUCCUCCAUCCCUAUAUUUGUGUUUGGUAUGACGAGGGUGAAGUCAAUGCGGAUCUUCUUGACAAGACAAAUCGGUUGAUGUGUCGUAAGCCUGCUCCGGGGCCGUACGACCACUCUGUGGACGAGCGCGAGCACACCGUGGAGCAGUGGAAGGAGCUGAUCUACCAGGAGGUGAUGGAGUACGAAAUGACCCACAACACGCUGAACAGCACAGGCGGCCGGACAGCGCAGCAGGCGGCCGCCGACAAUGGCGACGAGCACGUGGAGGCGGCCGCGGGUGGGGGUGCCACGCAGGGCUCGUCCUCACAGGCGCAGCAAGGCUCAACCAGGCGGUAGACGACGCGAAGGUUUUUUCAGUUUUGAGGAGCAGAAAAGAUGAAGAAAGAAUUAAGCAAGAAUUCCCUCUCCUUUUUUACCUCCGUCCUGUAGUGGAAUCGUGCGAGCGAAGACACUUGUUGUGGAAAAAGAAGAAGAUGAAAAUUAUUAUUAUUGAUUAAUUUUAUUAUUAUUAUAACGCCUCGUUUUUAGUUUCGUUUCUGUCUGUGAUCCAAAGGGUGGAUGCAAGCAAGCAUAAGAAGAAUAACACACACGCAAACAAACAAAACAAACUUUCCAAGAAGUGACGAGCAAGAGAUGUGAAGCAUAAUGUUAUUUUUAGUCUCUUCGGACAGCUUUCUCGCGGAUAGUAGAGGACAGAGAAAGAGAGGAAAUUUGUUAGAGGCAAAAAUUCUAGUUGGUGUGGUUUUCUGACGAUGUAAAAUUUUAAGGUCAACCCUCAAAAUGGGAGACUUCUAUAACUUCUUUUACGAUGUAUUUGAAAUAAUUUUUUUCUCUCGCUCUGUUUGUCAUCUGAACUGACUUUGAGAAAGACAGAAUAGACAGGUUUGUGUUUUACUCAAUGCAAAAUGGAACUGCACUAGCAAGCAAAACAUAAUAUAUAUAAGAUAAUUCCGUUCCUCUGUAAAUACUUGAUUAAACUCAGAGAUGAUAAAGGGAAAAGUAAUUUUAUCGUUGUUCCGUUCCUUUUAUUGCCAGCAACAAGUUUAAAACAAUUUCUGUGAAUUUAAACUUAAGGAGUAUGUAAAAAUAUUCAUCAUUAGUGUCAUGUGAAAUUUAAAUCGAAAGUUUCAGCUGCUAAACAAGAAACUCUAUUGUAAUGGAUUAACGAUUAAAACCAGACAGACUUCUUGGAGCGGUGAGAAGUGUAAAUUAGAACUUACAAAAUAUCAUGUAUACAGCGCGUACGGAAUGAAUGGGAGUGACUGACUGUGAUGCCGUUUGGUGUAAGUUGGGGAACCUUGUUUUUGGCGCAAAAACGAGCGAGUAAUCUGUUGCUGUGAGUGAUACACGGUUAUUUGAUUUUAAUGUUUGAAUUUCUAAAAUAUUUGUCUCUGGAAAUCCCUUUUUAGCAAACUUUUAUCCUUUUGUGGACACACUAAAUUUAAUAAAUACACAAAAAACGCAAAAUGCUCAGAUAAAUUAAAUGUGUAUGGUGAAAUAUUUUUCUCGAAAAUCAUUUUCACCAAGAAUCCACAAAAUGUGCAGAGAGUAAAUAGAAUGAAUGUCGAGCAAGCAAGAAAAUAAUUAAAUACAUGUUACAAAAUAAUUUCCAUAGUGGAGAAAAAACUUGGUGAGUUCUUUGAGCUUUGUUUAUGGCACCAGUUUCCAGCCACCUUUACUCUCGAAUUUUAUUCUCACGUCCGAGAAUAAAUUGUGAAAUGCCGCUGCUUUAAUAAAAAAGAAGAUACCAUUGAUUCUGGCUUGCUUUGAAAGUUAUCAAAAGAUUGCAUAGAGGCAAUAAAAAACUCGGAAAUGCCGUUUUCCAGCUCAGACUCUUCCGAAGUGGAGAAAUGUUAAAAUCUCUAUGAGUCGUUCAAAAUGAGCCAUUUUUCUUCCACUUAUCCAAUCAAGAGAAAAAAAUGAGCUAAGUUACAAUUUGAUCAUGUGCAGCACUAAUAAAAUUUUCUAGAGAGAG